UAUAUAUGCAGUUUUGUAAUCAAAUCAUGAUUUAUAUUAGGCAGUAAAUAUGUUACCAACAGAUUUUUAUUUUCCUCUACUUAAUAAUCAUUUACCACCAAGUUGGAAUAUAGAUGAACGAAUGAGAUUUUUUUGUGCUCCAUUUAGAAAUCGUUCUUCCAAUCCAGAAGAAUGGAUUCAUAAGUAUCAAUUUUGGCACGAAUUAAUAAAUAGUUGGUCAAGUUAUUAUGCAUUAUGUUGUUUUACCCUCUCAGUUGUAAAUGCUAACUUUCAGAGAAAUUCUCAAAAAAUUUCAUGUUUACCAACAGUUUGGCAAGAACUUUACCGUAAUGGUGAGAUAAUAUCAAUAUCAGAUUUUUUAAAAGAACCCAGUAAUACAUGGAUUGGUUGGAUGGUAGACAUAUUUAUAAAAAAAUCAACUUUUUGGAUUUUUUCAAAAGUUAAAGGUUAUAUAUUAGAGCCAAAUUUUAAUAUGACUGAAAAAUAUGUUUAUCUUGCUACUGUUAAAGAAUUAGCAGAAUUAAUAUUAUUGACAGUUAAUAGUAAAAAUGAUAAUAAAUUGCUGUCAUUAUCUAAAUUGACAAAGAAUUGUAUUAAGCAAAGCAGUAAUGAUAGAAUUACAGAGGAAAAUAUAAAAUUGGCCUUAAUUUGGCUUAGGCGUACCAAACAGGCUGCUUUUAGAGUUUGUAAAGGGGAUAAUUCAUAUAAUUUAUUAGUAAAGAUUUCCUCAAAUAAUGUAGAAGAUGUCACAGAAAUUGAUGAAGGUAUUUAUACAUUAACCCAACAAGAAUAUAUAAUAACGAAAUGUAUUGAAGAAUUGGAGAAAAAGCGAAAUGAAGUAAUUUUAAAAGCAAAGUUAUCAUUAAAAAAUGGCUUGAGACAAGUAGCUAAAAGUCUUUUACGAAAAAAACAUGAACUUGAUAAGUGUAUUGAAAAACGUAGUAUUACCUUACACAAUGUUCAAAAGCUUUUAUCCAGUAUUGAUGAUGCUCAUUAUAAUACUAAUACAUUAGCUGCAUACAAGGCAGGUUGUAAUAUAUUGAAAAAGUUUGAAAGUAAUGGUCUAACUGAAGAUAAAGCUAAAGAUACCGUAAAUGACUUAUCUGAGAUUUUUGAAGACUUAAAUGAAAUAAAAUCUAUUAUGAUUCAGCCUGUACUUACUGUUGAAUCAGAUUUUGAAUUAGAGAAAGAAUUAACUGAAAUAAUGAAAAGCACUGGAAGUAAUCUAUCUACAUCUGCAAUGAAUACAAAUCAGUUAUUGAAUAUCUUAGAAUUACCAGACUUGGUAGAUUUAGAUUUAGACGGACCCCGAAUCAAUGUAAUAAGCUAA